AUGAGUUAUGGAUAUACAGUAAAACCCAUUGUUCCAGCCAAAAAGGCCGAGCUCAUCUCUGUCGCCAAAGCAAUGCAUAGAGAGGAAUUUGGGACUCGGGUAAAGGAAUUAUUUGAUCCUGAGAAAGAAGCAGCACUGGAUGCACUUCAAACAGGGAUCUAUGUUGGAUGGCGAUGUCCUGAGUACAAAUGGGAUUGCAUCCGAGUUGGAGUAAAGUCAAAAUGCUUUUGCGGACACUUCCUCGCUGAACAUGAACGUUUUACCGACUCUUUGGGGGGGCCUUUUCCCAGCCAAGGGGAGGCAGAUUUGUGUGCACGCAGGGAGUUAAAACACCUGAAAUUGACGUUGGGUCAGGGUCCCAACAUCAUCCUGCCCUCUUCUGGGAUUGAAGGUGAGCGAGAAAUUCCCUUGGACCAUUCGGGUACAAGUGUUCGAGUGGCCUGUGUGGUGGCUGGCUGCCAGUGCAGAGCUUAUGCUUUCAUCCCUUCCCGCCCUGAAGAUGUAGGUGAAUUCUGGCUGAGAAAACGAAGAAACUUUGAUCCCAGCACCUGGAGAGCCAAAUGCCGUUGUAAACAUAACCAUGAAGAACACAACGUCGGCGGAAGCCAUAGUUGCAAGAUUGGUGGUUGCUCUUGCCAAGGUUUUGAUUCCAAUUUCCUCUGUGCAGCCUGUGAUAAACAUUGGGAACAACAUCAUACAUUCUUUGAAACAGAAGCAUAUAGAAAAGAAAAUGGGCUCCCAUAUGGUGAAGCUUACUUGCCCUUUGCAGAAAUGCCCAACUUACGAAAUGCAGUCUUGUCGGGGAAUGAAGAGGACAAUACCGCAUACCAAGCCAUUACUAGCGGUACUGGAACCUAUACUCGUCUAGGACCUCCUUCCAGCUCAGCCAGGCCUACUUUACCAGCAGACAGCAAACCAAGACAGUUUUGA